AUGUCCUGGAAAACUUUGCUUUGCUUCCGCACCCUGACCAAGUUCACUUCGCAGACCAGCUGGUGGACAAGGGUAGCAGCAAGAUGCGUCUGGGCGUGGGCUAUGGCAAGCUCAGUGAUAAGCUUAUUCCUGUGUGGGCGCAUACGACUGCGCCUUGCCAUAUCGAAUCUCGGUACAGCAUCAACACCACGGUCAGCCGCGAGCAGCGCGGCAACCUCAAGAUGUUUGCGCCAUUCUCCCACGUCGGAAAGAAGACAAGGCUCAAGCCUUUUGUUCUGCACUCUCAUUGAGUAUUGCUUCAUGGAAGCUGGGCAUUGGGAUAUCUUUGUAAAUGGUAAGGGAAACAACAUAUCUUUGAGAGAUCUGGGGAAAGCGUGUCAAGAGAUUGAGGAUGCAGUUUUGUGGCUUUCGGGUGCAGCUGUCUUGGACACGAAGUCAGAUGAACCUCUUGUGAAACCAGAGGAGGGAAACCCACGCUCCAGGCAGUCAUCUCCGUUGAAGAGGAAGCUAGAGGAGGAUCCUAGUCCGUUACCAGAAUACUUCAAACGGCAACUCACUGCGCCGGUUGAACCCUGCCCCACCUUGGGUGAGGAAUGCAAGAUUGAAAAGAGUGACCUCAAGGUUGCAUAUGUUGAGCUUCUCGAUAGGUCGCGCCGGGCUGAAGAAGACAACAUUACGAAAGAUGUACACAUUGCGCAUCUUGAGGCGAAGUUGAAGUUGUUCGAAGUUGAGAGUAACGCAAAGGAGGCGCACUUGGCAAUUGUGCUGGAGGUCAUCACACCCCUCGUCAAGCAUGCUAAAUCGUUCAGAAAAGUAGCGACUGACUCCUUCUCAAAGAUCUAUACGAAUAGCGACAUGAAUGCCACGGGGAGAGCCGCAAGAUGGGAGGCAAGGAUUUUGACACUGCAUUGGCACAUUUUGAAGCCAAUUUCCGUAGUGUGGAAUGAGCAGGAGUACUGUAUGGAUGUUCUGUAG